UUUCGUACAUCGAUAUUUGCAGAAUUGUAAGAGCGUUAUCGAUAAAAUGGUGGGCGUUCAUUGAUAAAAAUUAAGAACAAUAAAAAGUUGUAGAAAAUUAACUUUAAGGGCAAUUUUGAGCGGAUAAAAAGUAAGCGCUAGGCUGAGCAGCAUGGCGGAGUUGAAGGCACCGUCGCUGCAAUCGCUGCUGGAAUCGGAUCGCGGCUCCACGGACAGUUUGCAACUUGAUUUCGAAUUCGAAGACUUGGAUGAUGUGGAGUUUGCCAUACCGCCGACAGAUGUGCUGCCCACGCUGGAGACGGUGCUCAGUGAAUUCGAGGCGGAUUCGGAUGUUGCCUCCGAACUGGGAGUUCCGGUGCCGCGAGCGACGCCAACGCCCUCUAUCGGCGAGGAUUGUGGCGUGCGUGCGGAUGGCAGGGGCGGGGGUGGCUCUGGUUCCAUAAUGCGUUACACUCUGCUGCAUGGCAUUUCGGCCCAGCUGACAUCGGCGGCGGAGCGUGUGAAUGCGGGAGCAGCCAGUUCCUGUGCCGUGGCAGCUUACAUAGCUGUGGGCACCUCACAUGGACACAUACUGAACUUUGAUGUCACCCAAACACUGCGCUGGGCACACCAGGAUAAGCACAGUCAAGGCGCUGUUUCCAGUCUGGCUUUCAAUGCGGAUUCCACGAGAUUAUUAGCGGGAUUCGCUAGAGGAUUGGUUACGAUGAUAGACACACAGUCGGGUGAUGUGCUCCGGGAACUGUUUGACGUCAUUACACCCAAUACGGGUGUGCUGCACGUCAAGUGGACGUCACGCUCCUCGCUGGCUCUGUGUGCGGAUGCGGGCGGAUCUGUUUGGUCGCUCAGCUUCACCCGUAAGCUGGGCAUACGUGGCUGCAGCUCACGUUGCCUGUUCUCCGGUGCUCGUGGCGAGGUCUGCGCCGUGGAGCCGCUCAUCAUGGAUGUGCAGGGACGUCAUGAACUGGAUCAGUACUGUAUAGUAGCUCUCGCCACGCUCUCCAAGUACUUCAUAGUGACUGUGCGUCCACGUUUGCGUGUCAUCAAAUACCAUGCACUCCAAGGACCACAGGAUUGUCUGCCACUGCUCGCCUGGCAUCUGGUGCUGAUCCAGGCGGCGGAUACAAGUCGUUCCGUUGAUCCCGUCAUUGUCGUUGGACGCGGCAAUCAACUGUUCUUUCAUCAGCUGUUUGUGGCCAAUGGACGCAUCACUUUGCUGUAUCUGCGUCAUGUGCAGCUGCAGAGCAGCCUCCUCUCCGCCCACUGGCUGGGUCCCAAGUGUGUCGCCUCGCUGGACACCUCGGAGAUUCUACAUUUGGUGGAUGUACGCUCUAGCCGGGAACUGGAGUGCAUGGAUAUGGCCAAUGCCGGUCUGGUCUAUGGUUCCGCCCAGUUCAAGGGUCUUGCCACUGGUGGUAAUGUGUCACCCGCCUUCGCCUUGGCCGGCACCAAUGCCUGCUACAAUUCCGUCGUCUCGAGAGGCACACAGCUCUAUGUCCUCGGUGCCAGAUCCCUGCACAUCAUUGGCGUGCGCACCUGGUCGGAACGCAUCAGCUACUUGGUGAAGAACCAUCGUUGGCAGGAGGCUUGUCAACUGGCCCUCGAUGGCUAUGUCGCCUCCACGGAUCGUCCACGUAAGCGUGCCCAGGCCAAGGAGCGCAUCAUAAUGCUCUUCAAGGAAUACAUUGCAAAUUCGGCGAGAGCACCCGAUUACUGUCUGGGUGCCAUUGUGAAUUGCCUGAUAACAAUUGGGGAGUUGGAGCUGCUGUGGACGCAGCUCUGGGAGAGAUUACACAACAACACGGAGCUGUUUCUGCAGCACAUCUCGGAGCACAUUGAGCAGGAGCACAUACACAGUGUUAAUCCGGUCAUAUCACAGGCUCUGGUCGAUUACUGGCUACAACAUUCGCCCGCCAAGCUGGAGCAGCUGAUCCUGAAGCUGGACUGGAUGUGUUUGGAUCUGAAUCAGGUGCUCAAGGCCGUGAAGCGUCAUCAGUUGUAUCGGGCACAGCUUUAUCUCAAUGCCUGCGCCUUGAAUGACUACACGGCCGCACUGACAGAGCUGCUGCUGAUCCUGACACCCGAGCAAACGGAUCUGGGCAACUGUCUGCUGGUCUAUGUGUCCAGUUGCUUGGCUGGCAGACGUUAUCCCAGCGGCGAUAUACCCGCGGAGCAGGUGCAUCAGGUCAAGCACGAUGUGCUGCGUUGUCUCACCUCCCAGCACUCCACGGACCGUCCGGCGGAUGAGAUGCCCUAUCCAUAUCUGCGAUCGCUGCUAAAAUUCGACACACGGGAGACUUUAAAUGUCAUCUCGCUGGCAUUCCAGGAGCGUGAGUUCAGCAACGAACUGGGUUACUCCCACCGCAAGAGGAUCAUCUAUCUGCUGCUCGAAAUUAUGACGCCCGAAAAUGCAACGUGGGCGGAAAUUGGUUGCCUGUUGAACUUUAUAGCCCAGCAGAUCUCGACGCAGUGUCUGCCGCGGGACAAGCAGCUGCUGGAGCGAGUGCUGAGCUACCUGGCGCCAACGAGGUGCCAAGCAGGAGCGCGAGCAGCCUCCAGCAAUUGCGGACAUCAGCAGCGAGAGGAGGCAGACUGCUCUCCAGCUUUACCUCGAGUAUCUGAGGAGCCUAGAGCGUGCCAGCUUGUGGUAUAUCUGCUGGAGAUAAUGAUUUAUGUCACGCGGCAUGAGACCAUGUUUGGUCAUGUGGCGGCAAGAGCGAGAGAGCUGUCUACAGCGGAUCAAUGCAGACGACAGCAAUUGCUGCAUUAUCCGGACAAGAUUGAGGAACUGCUGCAGCUGCUCAGCUGCCAGAAAUCCCUGUUGUUUCGGCUGCUGCAGUGUCUGCAUGAGAGACAGACCAAAUUGCAGCCCAUGCAGAUGGAGUUACUCCUAGAACUCUGCUGUCAAUUGGAAACAGCGGAUAAGGUGCUGGAGUUUCUAACAAACAGCACAGGUUAUCGUUUGGACAAGGCCAUUGAGAUUGUGGAGCGACAUGAGCUGAAACGUGCCGUCAUCUAUCUCUACGAGCAGCAGGAGAGCUAUGCGAAAGCCUUUGAUCUGUCCAUGGAGCUGCUGCGCACAGCCGACAAGGAUGUCGCUGUCCAGGAGGCAAAGAAAAUGGCCGAACUCUUGGCGAGAUCAGCUCGCACAUUGCCGGAACAGCAGCUGGAGCGUUGUUGGUUCACCUUGUUGCAAUAUAUACUGGCGCAGCAGGAGUUGCAAUCGAUAACCAAGUCCAUGUUGCACGAGGCAUCACAGCACAUUGAUCUGCAUAAUCUUGUCCAGCUCAUUAUGAAUACGCACAAUGUAUCCAGCAGUUUUGGCGACAUCAAAGAUCUGCUAAUGAGCAUGUUGAUCAGUUCGCGACAGCAGACGGAAGCGUUGCGUGAUGCAGCCGAUGUUCUGUGCCAGAAUCUGCACACGGAGUUCGCCAGGCAGCGUCAUCUGGCCAGUCGUGGUCUUUGGGUGACCAGCAUGCGUUGCAUUCUCUGCCGGCAGCGACUGUACGAUCAGACGCAGGUCAUUGUCUUGGGUGCCUGUGGACAUGCGUUUCAUCAGCAUUGUCUUGAAGACGCCACAGCAACUCAACUUGCACAGUGUCCACGCUGUGCUGUCGCCUUGCCGUCUCAGCAGGAUGCAGUGCAGCCUCUUCACUUGCCCUGUCCCAGUCAGCAUUUGUUAAACGGCACUAGAAACUCCCAGGAGCUGGGCACACUGCAAUUAAAGGCACCUCCUCGACGCUUUUGCUAAAUUAUCUACUCGACUUUUAUGUACAUAUAUGUAUUCCAUAUGUAAAGCCAUUCCUUGUAUUUAUUGUAAACUCUCUAUUUUUGCGUUGUGUAUAAGUAAAACAAGUGCUUGUCAAGUAUUAUUGCUAAUCCUCUAGAGAUCUGUCAAGAUCUCCAAUUAACUUAACUAAAUUGUAGUUGAAAAAGCAGUCGAAAGUAAAUUAUUUGUAUACAUGUUCACAAUUAAAUUCCCUUAAAUGGAUUCACAAAA